AGAGAGAGAGAGAGAGAGGUUGCUCCUGCAGUUCCUCCUCUUAGUCUUACACCAGCAGUCUGUGUUUUUCCUCCUGCGCUGUGGUGAAGCUCCAUCAGGUUGUAACAGUCAUGUUGGCAGUGUGUUUGAGGCUGCUUUUGCUCCUUCCUAUGGUUUGCUGCGUCCCUUCCCCCUCCAGACCUCCUUCCAGACUCUGCAGGCGGUGCUGCGACCACUCGGAGCCACCAGCAGCCACGGCCCAAUAUCAGAUGCCUGAGGUUCGCACUAUCAUCAACAUGACCAUCCUCAAAGGUGAUAAAGGAGACAAAGGCGACAAGGGUACACCUGGCAAACCUGGCGUAGAGGGACCUCACGGCUUCCGAGGACCCAUGGGCCCUAAAGGCAGCAAAGGCCAGGCAGGUGCCCCUGGAGACGCCUGCAAGAUCCCUCACUCUUCCUUCUCAGUGGGACGUCGCAAAUCCCUGCACAGUGUGGACUACUACCAGGCGCUGGUGUUCGACACGGUGUUCGUCAACAUCCAUGAGCACUUCAACAUGUUCAAGGGCAAGUUCUACUGCUACGUGCCAGGGAUCUACUUCUUUAACAUUAACAUUCACACCUGGAACUUUAAGGAGACCUACCUCCACCUGAUGCACAAUGACAAGGAGCAGGUGAUCCUGUACGCUCAGCCCAGUGAGAGGUCUAUCAUGCAGAGCCAGAGUGUCAUGCUGAAUCUGGCUCUAAAUGAUGAGGUGUGGGUUCGACUCUACAAGAGGGAGAGGGAGAACGCGGUUUACAGUGAUGACGUGGAUGUUUACAUCACCUUUAAUGGAUACCUGGUGGCACCUAGCAUCCAGUAAAAAUGGUUGAGAGGGAAUAAUGAGAGGAGUGGCAGAAUCUUUGGGUCGGAUUAUUUGGUCUUUGUGCCAUGGAUACUGCUUUAUGCCAAGAAAGGUGAACUAAACCAAGGACAUUACAAGUUUGGUGCUUAUUCCUUUCAGCCUGGAGGGGAACAUACUGUGCUUUCUAAAAUGAGGACUGCCCAAAUUAGAAUCAAACGAAGCAAUAAAAACAGAAAGGUAGCAGAGCACACAAUUAGGAAAGAAUGUUGAAUUACUUCCUUUGCACUAGAAAUACCCUUUUGUACAAAGUAAAUAUUUUUUCCUACUUCUGUGCUGUCCUACUUUCACCUCUUGGAUCACUACUUUCAGGGAAACAAGUUGUAUCACUCAUCAGGAGUCGUAAAUCUGUGCAAUCAAUCAUGUAUUCGUGCCAUGGUGCUUCUUGACAGGUAUAUAUGUAGUAGUACCAGUUUCUGUCUGAUUAAAAUGUGUUUGGACAGACUGCUGUCAUACCUUUAACAAAUGUUGCCUUUGUGCCUUUAAGAAGAACACUUCAAAGGGUUAGUUCACAGAAAUUGCAAAAAUAUUGAAAGCCAAAAGGCUCACAUUUCAUCUCAGUUUCCCUGAGCUUUAAAGUAUUGUUUACGCCACCAGGCAUUUAUCGUUCUAAGUGCCACCAGUCAUUUAAUAAGCACUACUAAGCAUUUGUAAAUGCUUCCUAGAAGAAUGGAGGCUGUUAUAGCAGCACAUUAACUCCCAUAGUCUGAGAUGCUCAGUAAUCACAUAUUUCUAAGAUUCUCAGGUGUCACAUACUUUUGACCACAUGGUGUAUAUAUUGGUUAUACACCGUGGUUAGAAUCUUCUCUCUCAUCUGUUGUCCAGUUGACUAUACAGAAGUAAUGAUGGUGCAAGAGGUCAAAAUAAGACUUUUUAAUUUAUUGAUAUAAAUUAGAAUUUUAGAAUAAUCAUUUAACAUUUGUUCCUAGGACAACAUUACUAUUAUUUUGCUGUUCUUUUUAACUGUCUCCUUGUCAGUUGAUACUUCAUCGUGCUGAUGCCAGUGUUGGUGACCACAUUUUGGAUCAGUUCUGAUUAUCGACUGGUCUUUUUGGAAUGAUUUUGUCUGUGUCCACUUCAUGUAGGUCUUUUCUUUCUAUUUUGAAAAUGAAUUGAAUUGACAAGUUGGGUCAAAUAUUUUGAACACGUGAAGAACUCUGAAGCCUGGUAGUGCAUGUUGCAAGUUUGACUUGAGGAUGCUCCUACUGUGUUUGUCCUUCAUGAGUUUAGGUUUGAGGAAAAGCUGGUAUUGACUGAUUGUCUGCAUGGCUUGCAGUUCAGGUUUUAUUUUAUAGUUAAGAAGUUAGAUGGCAAAGCUUUAGACAAGCUUUUUACAUAGUCUAAAACAACAAAUUAAACCAUUAAUCCUCCCUGUGUUACAUAUAUCACUGUUUACAUUUAUUACUGGGACUAUUGUCUACUAAGAAAUAGUCACAAUGAAAACUGUUGAGUGGAACCCCAUUAAAUAAAGCCAACAUCAUCUGCAUAGAUAGGGUUAAGGCAGGGAAAAGCUUUUUUUUUUGUUAUUUUUUGUGAACUGACCCUUUAAACACAAGUAUAUCCCAACAUAUCAAAAUGAAAAAUAAGGGUGCUUCAUUACUAAAUGCGGGAAUGCAUUAUGGUUUUGACAAUUAAUAUACAAAGACUUAAAACUGCAGAGCAGUUAAUGUAAAUAGCUGUAUUAUAGCCAAAAGCUGUGCUACCACUCAUGCUGUUGGGGCUGGACUGUGUAUGUGUGUGUUUUUACUUGUAAACAGUACUUCUUCCUUCACUAACCAAGUCUCUCUUUGUUCUGUAUCACUGAGCAACAAAAAAACACUUGAUUAUUAAAAAUUAAACAUUUUCAGAAUUUCACAUGAAAUCAAGAGCUUGUAUAUUCAAAUUAAGAUGCCAAAAUGUCCCUUGUUUUCACCACAAAGGACAUGCAUAUCCUCACAUUUCUGCAGUGAAUUUUUCACCCUUCUACUUUUACUUUUACUUUUUUGACACUGAAUGGUGAUACCAUUCAGCUUAGGACUCUCAAUUAAGUCGCUCAAUAAGGGAAAUGUAUUUAAGAUUUAACCCCCAAUAUUGGCCAACUCUCUAAAAUAAACAAACAAACUAGCAAACAAAAACCCAUCUCAAACUCUUGGAGACAGCGGAUGGCUCCGCAGCAUGCCAGCUCCAUCUGUUUGGCCAUAUCUCUCCCAUUAGCUGUAAUGCCGUCCUUAGGGAGGCUUUGCUAGAGGAAAAGCAGACUGCAGCAUUGUAAAUACUUUAAGCCUUGAGUGGAGAUCUGAAAAGCUCUAUUGGGAAACAAAGCAGGACAUCUGAACAGUUUCCUGGAUCGUCAGGCCAGACCAGUGGAGGCUGUUCCAACAUGCACAGUAGACAAGCUGUGGGUUAAAUGAACACUAGAUUUAGUUCACUUUAGGUGUGCAAUUUGACUAUAUUCAAUUUUAGCAGGUAACAAAAAAUAUACUUUGAAACCAAAAUGGUCGAAAAUAAAAACAAAAAUGCAUUAAGGCCACAUAAACAUAAUAAAUUAUAGCUGAACAUGACAAAUAUGAUAACACUUAUUGGAAAACAAGUGUGUUGCCCAAACCCUUUAAACAUAUUAUUGGUGCUCACUUUGUUGCCCAUUAAAAAUAACAACAUGCUGCACUUUAACUAAGUACAUUCACAGUCAGUCCAGAUCAGCCUAAUUAACUCAACUUUUACAAGACUGUUGAAAACUAACCGGCCAGUUGAGGCAGUCUCACCUAAUCCUAUUCAACUAUAAACAAUCAAGUGCUGUAAAUUCUCUUUCAAUUAUCCCUGCUGAGUGUAAAACAAGCUAACAAAGUGAAUAGUAGGAUAUCACUACAGUCAUGGUUUCUUACAAGCAUUUAAAUGAGUGGUAUUUAUCCUAUUUUGACCAGUAUGAGUUGAUUUCUACUGCUAGACCUUGGAGUAACAUCUACCAAAAUUCUGUCAAGUGGUGUCUACUUUUCUGUCCACUGACACCUUUGGCAAAGCCAUUCCUAUCCAUAACCCUUAGUUCUAUAGCUAAAUUAUUUCCACUUUAUGGCACAAGGUCUUUUAUUACAAUUCUGUAAUAAUUUGUAUAUUUUCCUGUCAGAUGAAUCCUUUACCAGUAACCAUGAGGAUCCCGAGGUGCCGAAGUUCAUACUCUCAGGGGCACUUUAGUAAGUACACUUGUACAGUCUAAUUCAGUCCAGUACAACACUCCUGCCAUAUCAUUCUGUCCCUGAAGCUCUUAAUGUUCAGUUUUUUGUGACAUUCAGUAAUGUGUAAAUUCAACCAUAUAUGUUUUAUUGAUGUCAUAGUUAAAUGUGUUGUUGUACAGAUUAUAUUGAGAAGAGUUUCUAAGUCUUUGUCCUUCCCAUUUACACACCAGAGGGGGCAGAAAAUUAGAAGCACCUUUGAAUAUAAUUAAGUCCAGUACAACAUUUGCAACUAUGUCCUCAAUGCUAAAAUAUCUAAUUUAAUUAACACAUUUAUGACACUACCAGAGCCAAAACGCUUUGUAAAGAUAGAUGUUGUGGCACGACUACUGUCUUGGACUACAUUAGAUUGUACAGGUGAACCUAAUAAGCGCUGUGGGCCUCCUAUUCCCACAUUCACCUGUGACCCGGUUUAGACAGGUUGUAAGCAAAGCUGGGGGCUGCACUUGAGUGUUGGUUUCACAAAAUGAAACAUAUGUUUUUAAUGCUUUGGUUUUAUAUAAUUUGGAUGAGCUCACAGAGUUAGUUGGUAAUUGGUAAAUUGGUAACAUUCACUCAGAUAAAAGCUGAAAGAGAUGGGCCUCAAUUUCUAAAUCAUUUUGCAAAUGUUUUGUAGUAUAGAAAGUGUCAAGAUUAAGGAAGCACAAAAACCAUAUUAGCCAACAAACAUGAAAAAGGUUGAAACAUGGCUGACUCUUCUACUAUUUCUCAAUAACCUUGUCCAUUCUGGACUAAACAGCUUUUAUAUGUUGCCCUAGUCCAGAAUUCUGCUGACUUCUUUAAAGGUCAAGUGUAAAGAAUUAGUGGCAUCCAGUGAUGAAGUUGCAGAUCUCACCUCUGUCGUUUCACCUUCCCCUUCCAAGCAUGAAGGAGAAACUAUGGUGGCUGCAGAACUGACAUUUUUAGAUCCUCCUAAAUGUUCCACACUGGACCUUUAAGUGCAAUGCUGAGAGGAUGAAAGCUGUAUAACAAGAGCCACCUAUAAAGCAAAGAAACUUGAAAACAGAUCCGAAAAUGUUGGAGGUAGUAAAAUAAGGAGGAUAACCUCUGAUCUUUUCUCAUGAUCCAAAACUAGCAGACUAAUAAUAUUCAUAUAUAAAUGUAUGAAUACUAUGUAAGCACUGUGAGGCCUUUUGCAUUCCAGUGUCUGUGUAGUUCUGCAGUUAUGUAACUGAUCAAGCAGAAGGGAAAUUUGAGGGCGGAGCUGGUGUGAUGGGGGGAAGCUUAUGAUAAAUGUUAUGAGACUAUGAAGACAGGUUAAAGACAGUUUUAUUUAGGUUUGGGAGUUUGAAGGCUGAGCCCCGCGGCUAACAGCUGUUUUCAGGGCUGACUGAACUGAAGCCUGUUUUCUCGUAGAUUAGAAACAGGAAGCAGGGCAGAGUGCCGAGGCAGCACUCCCCUAAUUACAACCACAUGACCUCUGACCACACUCAUCUGUCAGAGGAAGACAGAACUGAGGGUUAGAUGGAGGAGGGAUAAGGAAGAGGGAAACAGGUAGGAGUAAAUGAGCAGCUGGGAGAUUUAUGGAAAGGAAAAAAUAAUGGAACUGGAAGUUAAUAGACACAACUCAGUUUCCCAUAGUUUCUUGAAAUCACAAAAUUACAACUCUUUAAAACAGAAAAUCCCAAUAUAUAAAUCUAAAGGAUCUACAGUUCCUACAUCUACAGUCCGCCGCUGCUGCAUAAAUAGAGCAGACAGGAAGGCAUGCUGAGAGAGAGCCAACUAACCUUUCAUAUACCCUCCAAAGUAAGCAACAUAAUUUCUGAGGGUUGGAGAGUUAUACCCCUUUUAGACAGCGUGUAUACACCAGUGAGCUACACUGUGUGUAUGUGUGUUACUUAAUGGAGACACAUUGAGGUCAUUGGGAGUUUUAUGUUGGCAGCAGUCUGCAGCUGUUUGUUUUUCUUUUCUUUGUUCUUUUUCUUCACAAUUGACAAUAAGCAAUGUUGGAUAGAAUUGAUGUAUUUAAUCAAGAUUUGUAUAUAAAACCCAAGAAAAUUAUAAAUAGCAUGAAACACGAGAUGCACAGAAUAAAAACUGACACCCAGUAAGCAGUUCAAAUGAAACUGUCCGUCCACCAUUCUAAAUGAAUGAAUUGAAUAAAGACAAAAUCUUGUUAUUUCAUAAAUAUAUCCCACAGUCCUUUAGUGGCUCAUCCUCUGAACACCACCAAGAUGGCGACUGUAACACACAAGCCCCUAAAGUGCCAUUCUGAACUCACUGAUACUUUGUCUAAGCAAUCUCAUUUGCUAUUCUCAUUACUUCAAGCUGUGGUCGAUGGGAAGUAACACAUGGUCUAUUAUUUGUCUUGAUGAUGAUUUGGGGACAAUGGCAUAUAUGGAUAGCUAGCUAGUCUUGUUGUUAAACAUACUGUCAAAUUACCAUUUGUCAACCGUAUGCUGUGUUAUUGACUUUGAGUCUUGCUAGCAUAAAGUUACCUCUCUGGCUCGUGAAACAAAGGGUUCUGUAAACAUAGGGAACAAAAAAUGUCUCCCGUAGCCAAGGCACCUAUUUACUUGAGUACUGAACAACGUUUCCAUUGCAUUAGAACCUUAUUAAGUCAAACCCUCAUAUGUUACCAUGGAAACAGAGUUAUGGCUUGUAAAAAAAACACUUAAUGACUUAAAUGAAUUAGCUUUUUUGUUUAUCUUUGGCAAGUGACCAUGGUGUAAGCGAUAUAAUGCCCGAAGAGGCGUACUUUAUCAAGAAUUAAUGGACGACAUAGAGUCCAUUAAUUCCUGAUAAAGUACGCCUCUUCGGGAAUUAUCCCUUACAUAACACACGCAUUAUGCACUAUGAGAGUAGCUUAACAUUUUCCAUAAUGUAUUAUGAUAUUGCACAACAACAGCCAUGAUAGUUAGGUAUAAUCAUAAUCCAAGUUUAAAACAGAGAAAAAAGGUUUCAAGGUUUUGGUUGUUAUUGGUCAUCACAAUGCAUUACGAGGGCUUGCAGAAACUAUAUACGUGCAUUAUACAUUGCAUUAUAUUGCAUUCAUAACGCAUUCAAAUGAUCUAUAAUACAUUAUGACAAUACCAAAUACAUAAAAAAUUUGUUUCUGAGUAAUCUAGAAAGUUACAUCUACCUUUCAGUUCAAGGUUAACAAUUAAUUUUAAUCAAAUGACUGUAAUAGAAGUGUGUCAAUCCUUUAAAAACAACAAUAAAUGUUCAACAACAA